CGUGUGUGUGUGUGUGUGUGUGUCAGUACAGAGAUGGAGGCGGGUAUGAAGGAGAGCCCCUAUGCCCAGCUCGUGCCCAGUGGCAUCGUGUACACCAGCGACAGCUACAGGAUGACCACCUCCUGCAAGAUGGACCUUCACAAGUUCCCCUUCGACACGCAAAGAUGCACCAUCACUCUCAUAUCAUACAUCUACACCAUUGAGGAGCUCCGUCUCUUCUCGUCCUACAAUGCGUCCACCGUCACAGAAAACUCCCGCAAGAUGUUCCAGUCGCAGGGCGAGUGGGACCUCGUCAACGUCGACAUCACCAGAGUCAACCUCACCAUUGGUCGCUUCGUCUGGGACCAGGUGGUGUACACGUUCAUCAUCAGGCGGAGGCCGCUCCUCUACGUGGUCAUCUUUGUGGUUCCUGUGUUCUACUUCCUGGUUCUGGACCUAAUGUCCUUCUUCAUCAGCGGGUCCGGAGGGGAGAAGCUGAGCUUCAAGGUCACCGUGCUGCUGGCCAUCUCUGUCCUGCUGCUCAUCCUGCACGACAUGCUGCCCUCCACCGACCAAAACAUGCCCCUGAUUGGGAUCUACUGUUUGGGGAUCUUCACGUCUGUGGCCUUGAGUCUGCUGGAGACCAUCCUGGUGAGUUUCAUCAUGCGGACGACCACUCAGAGAGGACAAAGAGCAGUGACUUCAGCAGUGACAUCAGAUACACCAGCAGACACACGCAUCAGCCAGCAGGGUGUGGACGUCCUGACUGUAGCUCAGGUGUGUGAGGCGGAUCACCUGUCGAGCGUCUGUCUGCUGCGUCAGAUUCUUCAGGAGCUGCGGCUCCAGCGAGGACACACCCCGUCUGAGGACACACACCUCCCUGAGGCGAGACGUGUGUGUGUGCGCGUGUGAAGAGCCUGGCCAAGUGCAUUAAUGCGGCCUACUUCCUGUGCUACCUGUUGAGUGUGACGGUUUUCCUGCUGGUGACGGGACACAAGUGGUUCUACUGACCGGUGGUUCUGAGCCGUGGCCAGCUUCUCUUUGUCCUCCAACAUGGCGCUCCAGAGUGGUGGCUCUGGGUCAGUCUUUACCCUAACAAAACAUAGCUGCACUGCAGUCUUUACCCUUACAAAACAUAUAGCUGCACUUAUGGGUCAGUUUUAGCUCAGGGUCAGUCUUUACCCUUACAAAACAUAGAUGCACUGGGUCAGUCUUUACCCUUACAAAACAUAGCUGCACUGGGUCAGUCUUUACCCUUACAAAACAUAGCUGCACUUAUGGGUCAGUCUUUACCCUUACAAAACAUAGCUGCACUUAUGGGUCAGUUUUACUGCAGUUUUUCUGAAGUAUAAUUGCCCAGUGCUCUCUGUUCCUGGGAUAGUUUAGGCUCUUUCAAGAGGGGUAUAAUAUCUGCUCAACAUGCACUUAGU